UAGUUCAGCUUCCCUCUCCAAGCAGAGCUUUUAUGCGAGCAUGCCCUCAGAUUCCUGCAGAUCAUAACGAUGUCAAACCCUAGACGGAUAAGCCUCCAGCUACACAACCACCACUCUGCCAGUCCUCUUUCCAAUAACCCUCAACCGCCCGCAAGGGCCUCUUUCUCUUCAAUCGCCGCAUUCCUGAAGAGGCCCUCUGCCUUCCCCUUCGUCCUCUCGCUCUUCCUACUCCUCACCUGGCUCUGUCUUCGUGUUCAACGUGCUCCUGCUUCCGCUACCUUGCUUUUAAGAGCACAGUUGAUGAGUGGGCUUGAUGCGGACGCUGAUGCCAACCUCGCUCGGUUUAGUGUGCAUUCGCUGAUUUCAAGGGAUCGGCGAGGGUGGCUUUUCAAUCCCAUUAGCGUGGCUCACGACAAGGGAAUCCACGGUGGAGCUCAGAUCUGCAAAUCAAUCCAUGCAGGUGAGAUUCGUCCGGGCUGCUUUAGGGGAAAUCACAGGCAUCACACUUGCAAUGAGACAUUUCUCAUCUGGGGAGCUGAAACAAAGUUUAGGCUGGAGAAUCCACUCAUUGAAGGCAAAGGCUACGCAGAAGUGAGAAUCGGAGCCGAUGAAGUCGCCGUUGCCGCGAGCCCAAGUGGUUCUGCACAUGCCCUUAUCAAUGUUGAUACUGUUAGAACUACCUUUUUUCUGGGUUGUCAGGACACCAUCAUAGAUAAUAACAGCUCAACUACUGAUUAUAAGGUCUGGGGGGAUCUUUUGACAUCAUAGCUUCUUCCUCUUUAAAAUUGGAGUUUAUAUUUUUGUGUUUGGUUAAAAGAAAAACGAAAGUAAAGUAAAACAUGAUUAGCGGUGGCGGCGGCCCUGGAUGAAAGAUAAAUGUUUAAUGGAUGGCGCAAUGGUUGGCGACAACUAACAAUGGCGGACAGCAGCGGCACGGCGGGCUAAGACAUCGUGGCGGCAAGUGCUGGUUGUGGGCUGCCGGCAGUGAGCCGUGGGUGGCAAGCGAGUGCUGCGUGCUGCAGUGUAUUGUGUGCUUAUUGUUAUUCUUAUUAUUGUUUUAUUUCAUUUGUUGGUCGUUAGAGUGUUCUGGUUUUAUGUACAAUUUGACUUUUAACUUCGGGACAUGCAAAUUUCAUUCAAUAUGCUUAUUCUUAGUCCU